UCCCCAACUCUGUUACUCAUCGUCGACACUUGCACUAUCUCCUCUGCCGGCGCUCCCUCCGUCGUCUCCCUUAACCCGUCUCUGCUGGCGCUCGCAUUCCCUGCGCUCACUACUCACGGUGUCGGUCAGCCAACGGAGGUCGCCUUUCCUUCCUCCGUGCCGCCAUUCUCUGUCCUCCACCCUCGUCAUGUUGCUCAAUCUUCCACUACCUUCGAAGUCCUCACUGCAUGCAUAUGGCGUUGUCAUACCGCUGCAUUGCAAUGGCAAAACCCUAACACCAAGAGGUUCGCUUGCUUUGCACAGUCAAUGCACGUUUUGACUGUGCCGUCGCCGCCGCUAGAAGAGCACUCAAUCGCAACAAAGGCAACGACUGGCCUUCUGCCUCCGGUGCUCACCGAGCCCGCUAUCUCCGCGCCAUCGCUGCCAUGGUCGUCGAGAGAAAGGAUCACCUCGCUAAGCUUGAAUCCCUUGAUUGCGGAAAACCACUCGAUGAAGCUGCCUGGGACAUGGAUGAUGUUGCUGGUUGCUUCGAGUUUUAUGCUGACCUUGCCAAGAACCUCGACGCUAAGCAGAAGGCAUCCGUUUCUCUUCCCAUGGAAACUUUCAAGAGUUAUGUCCUCAAUGAAUCCAUUGGUGUUGUUGGAUUAAUCACCCCAUGGUAUUUUCUUUUUCUUCUCUUUA